AUGGCCCACGAGGACCUGAGCUAUUACCGGGGGCAGUACAAGGACAGGCUCCUGUCCCUGCUCAGGGAGCUGCAGGCAGCCGAGGAGGACUCCACCAACUCCUUCAUCUGCGUGCUGAAGAAGAUGAAGGAGGUGCGGCAGAUGGAGAAGGUUGUGGAGGAGACAGAGGAGCUCUGGUGCUGCCAGGCCUUCGCAGAGAGGAUGAAGACCCUCGCUGAGCAGUGGAGGGACCUGCAUGCCAGGAGGGCCCAGCUGAAAGCCCACGUGGUGACAUCUGGGGCCACUGUGAAGGAGAAUGAAAGGCUGAGAACACAGGCUCUGAAGAAAGCCAAACAAGAGAAAGUGGAGAAUUCGAAAAAGGAGAGUGAGCUCCUGAGGGCAAGGAGGGAACUGGAUGACCUGAGAAAAAAGCACGAGAAACUCUCCAAAAAAUUGCUGAUGUACUCUCCAUUCAAGAGGUACCUGGAGGAUGUGGUAGAGAAUUCACAGUUCCGUGACAUUGAUGACAUCAUCAGCUACUACAAGGCCCUGCUGAGGACCCGCAAGGACCUGCUGCAGUCCCAGUGGUGGCACCGGCAGCUGAUGGAGCAGGGCAAGGGCCUGCAGCAGCAGCUCAGGGCAGAGAAGGAGGCUGAGAUGCUCCAGUGCAGGAACGACCUGGUGCAGCUCAAGGAAUCCUUUGACCAGGCUCAGAGUGACAUCCAGCAGUGGGAGGAGCGCUGGGCCAAGGUGCAGGACAGGCAAGCCAGGAAGGCCGUAGAGCUGAGGUCCCUCACCAUGGCCAUCCACGGCCUGUUCCACACCGCCAGCACCCGGCUGCAGCCGCAGGGCAGGGUGGCAGCUGGGGACAGCCACCGGCAGCUGGAUAUGAUCCGGCAGUUCAUCCACGACCUCCAGGACUUCACGGAGGACAUGAAGGAGCGUGGCCGAGCUCUGUGA